UCUGUUGCCACGGUGAUUAUGACGCUACAGGCUCGCUCAGAUUAGCCGAUUAGCUAACCGAGUGGUCGUUUGGCUCGCAGGUAAACCAACCACAGGCUGUUAACGUGGAUAAACUAACCUGUGGGAUUCAACACCUGUGGCCAUGGCGUCUGUUUUAGACGCUCUGUGGGAAGACAGAGACGUGAGAUUCGACAUCACAGCGCAGCAGAUGAAAACCCGUCCAGGAGAAGCGCUCAUUGACUGUCUGGACUCCAUAGAGGACACGAAAGGAAACAACGGAGAUCGAGGACGAUUGUUGGUAACUAACCUGAGGAUCAUCUGGCACUCCCUGGCCCUGCCAAGAGUCAAUUUGUCUGUGGGUUACAACUCUAUCAUUAACAUCACAACAAGGACAGCUAACUCAGGUAAUCUUGGGACUUUCUUCAUCACAAAUGUUCGGAUCGUGUGGCAUGCCAAUAUGAAUGAGAGCUUCAAUGUCAGCAUUCCUUUCCUCCAAAUUUGGUCUAUCAGAAUAAGAGACUCUAAGUUUGGCUUGGCUUUGGUGAUAGAGAGUUCACGUCAGAGUGGUGGCUACGUGCUUGGAUUUAAGAUCGACCCUGUGGAUAAGCUUCAAGACGCCCUGAAGGAAAUCAACUCAUUGCAUAAGGUUUACUCUGCCAACCCUAUCUUUGGAGUGGACUAUGAAAUGGAAGAAAAGCCCCAGCCCCUGGAAGAACUCACCGUGGAACAGCCCCCUGAUGAUGUGGAAAUUGAGCCUGAUGAGCAGACUGAUGCUUUCACUGCCUACUUUGCUGAUGGCAAUAAGCAACAAGACCGUGAGCCAGUUUUCUCUGAGGACCUGGGCCUCGCCAUCGAAAAGCUAAAAGAUGGCUUCACACUUAAUGGACUGUGGGAAGUCAUGGGCUGAAAUAAGUACAUUGUGUCAUUAUUCAGAAAAUAAUGUAUCUAUUUAUAGCUCAGGUAAAAAGUUAUACAUCUCAUCCAUACAUAUUUUUCAUAAUGAGAAAAGACAAUAUCAUGUGUGAAGAAUUUAUUGUGGAGUAAUUUGUAUAAAAUAUAUUUUAUCGUCAUGGGUAGAAUGUGAAAUAUAAAGUUUGUACAGUUUUAA